ACAGGGUUGCUGCAAAUAUUCAUAUUACUUCAUUUCAAGGAGGUAUUUUGGCCAAAUCUGAAGGAAGACCACCUUUACAAUGCCAGAGCCUGCAGACAUAAACAGUCCUGAGGUGGCUAAGACACCAGGUGGAAGCAGUGGCCCAGCGAAAGAGGAGAAUGGUGUGAACGGGCAUAAGGAGGUAGAGCCCAACCCUUUUGCAGAAUACAUGUGGAUGGAGAACGAGGAAGAGUAUAACCGACAGGUGGAGGAAGAGCUUUUGGAGCAGGAAUUCCUGGAGCGCUGUUUUCAGGAGAUGCUGGAGGAGGAGGAUCAGGAUUGGUUCAUCCCUGCCAGGGAUCUGCCUGCAGGCGUGGGACAGAUUCAGCAGCAACUCAAUGGGCUGUCAGUCAAUGACAGCAAUGCCGAGGACAUCGUGCGCAAAAGCAGCUUGAACCCCGAAGCAAAGGAGUUCGUACCAGGAGUGAAAUAUUAGGGGCCCUGCUGUUAAGGGUACCCCUAUAGAGACUCUAUGCGACCGCUGUGUCUCAGCGGUCGCCCCCACAAGCACCUCAACCUUUAUGGGUGUGGGUGGGGUCGACGGGGUGGGCUUUUGGGUUUGGGUGUCGGAUGCUCUUCUUCUGCAAGCUUUUUUUUUUUGUUUUUUUUUUUUCUUUUCUUUUCUUUUUUUUCUUUUUUUUUUUUUCAUUUUCUUCUGUCUCCAUGUGUAAUAUGGGCUGGAUCUGGGUGGGCUGGGGAGACACGUGUAAUGUUCCUGCUGGACUGUUACAGAUUGUGAACUAGCUGUCCUGGAAAUUCUCAGUGUUCCUUUGAUCUCAGCGAUGCAAUUAUGUGGUUUCCAGUAUUGUUAUAGUGACUAGCAACUUAUCCCUGGUCAUUUGCCGCCGUGUUUUGGUUUUUUCGGUUGUUUCGUUGA